ACCCCCAGCAUCAUCAUCUACAGCCGUGCAACCCGGGGCACCGACACUAUACCCCUCCUCUCUCUCUCAUUUAUUUAUUUAUCUAUUUAUUUAUUUUAAUAAAGAGCUAGCCUAGCCAAACCCCGUAGCCGGCCCCUCCUUUCUUCCUGCCUUUUUUUUUCUCCUCCUUUUCAUUCAGUCAGCGAGGGGAGCCGAGAUGAGAGGAGACGGCGCGGCGGUAAGGACGAGCAUUUUAGUUUUUUACAUAUCGGACGAUGAAAGAAAGGACAGUUUAGCCGCCCGUGGUUUCUAAGAAAAAACUAACCCGAAUUUGAGAAGCAAAUCGCGGCUUUUACGCACGGAGCGAGCGAAUGAAUGGAGUCUGUCCCUCGAUGGCUUUCCUGAACGGACCCCGUUUGCUGGACUUGGCGAGCUCGCCUCGUCACCUCCAGUUCAACAGAUACGUCCUCACCGGUUACCGGCCGGUGUCUUCGGUCAACGAGUGUGUCAAAAGCCUCUUCUACCUUCACAACGAACUGGGGAACAUCUACACACACGGUAUCCCUCUGCUGUGCUUCCUGUUCCUGCUGCCUCUCAGUAUCCCGUGGGCUCAGAUCAGUGCCACCUGGCUGGGGAUUGUCCACUUCCUGGCCUGCCUGUCCCCUCAGCUGGGCUCAGUGCUCUACCACCUGUUCAUGAACCACGAGGGGGGUGCGCCCGUCUACCGCACCCUGCUCACCCUGGACAUGUGCGGGAUCUGCAUGGUCAACACGCUGGGAGCCCUCCCCAUCGUGUACACCACUCUCCUGUGCUACCCCUCCACCCGCACCGUGGCUCUGCUCUCCUACACCCUGCUCUCCUCCUACGCCAUCUACUGCGCCGUGUCUGCGACCAGCCGCUUCCGACGGCUGCAGUCCUUCGCCUGGCAGGCCCUGUUCCGGUUCCUGCUCUUCUACGCUCGCUGGGCGGGGCUGGGGGCCGGGAGCCCCACCGCCCUGCGCCACUUCCUCACCACGGACCUCCUGGCCCUCCUGGGGGGCCUCAUCAACAUCACGAGGGUCCCCGAGCGCUGGCGGCCAGGUUGCUUCGACUACUGGUGCAACAGCCACCAGAUCAUGCACGUGCUGGUGGUGGGGUCUAUACUGUACCUGCACUGGGGGGUCCUGGAUGAUUUGCUGUGGAUUAGUAGCUACCGCUGCCCCCCCUGACUCUGAGAGAGACCAGGACACCCCUCCACCCCCCCCCCCCCCUCCACCUCUCACACUUCUCUACCUCCCUCCCUGCCUCCUCAUCCGUUUGUUUCUCCCUCUGUCGUGUCUUCUAAAACCAACCCGACCCCGACAGCAUUUCAGGGCAUUCCUAGUGAUUGUAGACAACACAGACACUAGCACACACACACACUAACUCGCACUGAAACACACACACAGACACUAGCGCACACACACACACUAACUCGCACUGAAGCACACACACAGACACUAGCACACACACACACACUAACUCGCACUGAAGCACACAGACACUAGCACACACACACACACUAACUCGCACUGAAGCACACAGACACAGACACUAGCACACAGACACACUAACUCACAGUAACACACACACACAGACACUAGCACACACACACACUAACUCGCACUGAAACACACACACAGACACUAGCACACACACACACACUAACUCGCACUGAAACACACACACAGACACUAGCACACAGACACACUAACUCACACUGGCUCGCAGACACACACACUGACGUUAACUCACACAGACACUCACACUAACUCACAGUAACACACACACACACAGACACUAGCACACACACACACACACACACUAACUCGCACUGAAACACACACACAUACA